AUGCCGCCCAGAUUAGAAGCGCUACAGCGUCUAGGCACGAUUAACCAAACGGCGCGCCUCGACGGCCGUAUGGGGUGGUCACAAGCACGAGCACUUGCUGAACUCCUCCCAGUCUGCCUACGACCAGCCACGAACACCCCCCGGGUAGCGCUGCUACCGCUCAUCCAGACGGCCAACCUCUCGCAGCGCGAGCGCAAGCGCAAGGCCAAGCAGGACCCCUACCGGUGGGCGCAGGCCCAGCAGCGCAAAAACGCCAACCUCAAGCGCCGCGGGGAGCUGCAAGCCGAGCGCGACGCCCUCCUCGGCGACCCAAUCUGGGGCCACAAGACGCCGUUCCUCGAAUCGCUGGAGACGGCCGCCGAGCCCAAGACGACCACCGCCCCGGAUGGUACCACCACCACGACCGAGACGCCGCGCAGCCACUUCCUCACCGACGCGGAGAUGAACGAGGUCACGCAGCACGCGCACGCGCUGACCAAGCCCGUCGUGGGCGCAAUCAGCGCGCAGCUCGGCGACGCGCCCGGCGAGGCCGAGGCGCAGACGCUGCACGACCGGCGGCACGAGCGCGCCGUCGAGGCGCUGCACCGCAUCACGGCCCUGCAGAAUGGCAGCCGCAAGGAUCGCUACCACUUCAACGUGCGGCGCGUGGUGAACGAGUUUGGCCGCCACCAGACGGAUGGCGUGGUGGCGCCCAAGCCGCUGCCCAUCAACCCGAGCACCGUCGAGAUGCCAGAGCGGGCAGGCCCGGACACGGGCUCGUCCGAGGUGCAGAUUGCCAUCCUGACGGCCAAGAUUCGCAACCUGGCCGAAGCGCUGUCGGUGAACCGUGGCUACAAGGAUAUCCACAACAAGCGCAAUCUCCGGCUGAUGCUGCACAAGCGGCAGAAGCUCCUGCGGUACAUGGAGCGGAAGGAAAAGGGCAGCGGUCGCUGGACAAACAUGAUUGAGAAGCUGGGCCUCACGCCGGCCAUGUGGAAGGGCCAGAUUGAGCUGCGAUAA